AGGUGCACGCGCUAGCUAUAGCUUGCUCCAGUGGAGUUCUGUCUGUGACGAUUCGAUCUCGAUCCCGCGACGGCUCCGAAAUGGAGAGCGACUGCCAGUUCCUGCUGCCGCCGCCGCCGCGCAUGUACGCCGCGGCGGGGGACGACGGCCAGUUCCUUCAGCAGCAGCAGCUGAGCGGCGGCGGCGGCGAGAGGAAGCGGCGGUUCACGGAGGAGCAGGUGCGGUCGCUGGAGAGCACGUUCCACGCGCGGCGCGCCAAGCUGGAGCCCCGGGAGAAGGCGGAUCUGGCGCGCGAGCUGGGGCUGCAGCCGCGCCAGGUGGCCAUCUGGUUCCAGAACAAGCGCGCCCGGUGGCGCACCAAGCAGCUGGAGCAGGACUUCGCGGAGCUGCGCGCCCAUUACGACGCCCUCCACGCCCGCGUCCAGUCGCUCAAGCAGGAGAAGCUCACCCUCGCCGCGCAGCUGGAAGAGCUGAAGAAGAAGUUGAACGAGCGGCAUGACCAGAGCGCCAGCUGCGGCGGCUCUUGCGCCGUCGCCGACGUGGACGACAAGAGGAAUAGCUUUACCAGCUGCGCCGUGGAGAAGGAUGAGAGCGCGGCGCCGGCGGGAGACGUCUCGGACGGCUCAACUCCAGGGUGGUACGAGUAUGACGACCACCUGGCGUAUGCGGUUGACCUGCACGAGCCGUUCUGCGCCACCCCGGAGCUGUGGGAGACGUCAUGGCCGCUGGUGGAGUGGAACUCAGUGGCAUGACCCAAGGUUGCAAAUACUACAUCUGUGUACGUCGAUGAUGUUGCUGGCUUGUCUAGCUGCUUGGUCCGGACCAUGUAGAUCGCUCAUGUCGAUCGGGCCGUCAGGUAGAAUCGUAGAACAGAUAGGUAGGGAUUCCACAUGCAAGCACCCACGAAAUGUACACGCGAGUAAUCCUCCCGCCGCCCGGCCGACGAUCUGCUCCGUCGACUCUGGGAUUCAUGUAUGUGAAACCGUGUCUGGCGGCUGUCACUCAUGUGGUUCCCGUCGCGCCGUCGCCAACGAAAACAGAAAGAAUCACUGUUACCUAUGGA